AUGUCGUGGCUGUUACCUCUGCUGCACCGGAACAGUUCAAAUCCGCGAUCUCGUCUGGAGCUCGGCCAGGAGCUGCUCGACAGACUCGGCACCGAGCGCCUCCCGUCCGACUCCAAAACUAUCAAUGAGUUCUGUGAUGUUCUGUUUCAAUGGUUGUCAGCGAGUAACUUCAAGGUCUCUUUGCUUUCACUGGAAAUUUUACAAGCAUCCAUCGAUGUCUCCGGUGAUGUGCUUGCCCCAUAUCUUCUCGAACGCGUCACAAGUUUGGUAGAGAGGCUAGGAGACAGCAAGCCACAAGUCCGAGAAGCAGCAAGUUGUGUGCUCGUUGACCUUGCGAAUGUCGAGCAUAGCAGUCAUGAGGCUGUGCUGGAGCGGUUAUGGCCAGGAUUCCUGCACAAACAGUACCUGGUUCGAAUUGGCGCGAUGGAGGUCUUCGUGCGACUUCUUGACGAGAGUCGUGAUGAACUGGAAGUGCAAUCGAAUCGACUCAUUCCCACACUAUGCAAACUCAUGUCCGAUCCGAACGCUGAGGUGCGUGAAGUUGCUGCGAACACGCUGGCGCAUGUGAUGUUGGUGCUGGGAGAAGAAAUCAGCAAUAGCAUCCGGAACAGAAAACUCGUCAAUGACAACAAGAUGCAACUUCUGGUGCAGCGCUACGAGUCAGCUCUCAGACGUAGUUCCUGUCCAUCAAGUGCUGCACGACCAACUCGUCCCGCCCGUCGCUUUGAACCGAAUCAACGAAAUGCAGCCACUGCUUCGUCCCAUUAUCUUAAUCAGACGAAGCAGAUAAGCGUGCUAGGAGGAGAAGUGCUUCAUUGUUUCUCGCUGCCCGCAGUGGAUGGUCGGUGCAUCCCUAUGGACGCGGACAUCAUUGACGCAAGCACAUGGGUUAAUGACUCGUUCGAUAAAGCGCUGUCUAUGUUUCGCGUCCCUCAACCACCUGGAGAAAAUGGUGAAGUUGACCAAGAAAACCAAGUAAGGUCCAUUCCGGGGUUGAGCCGCGGAUCAAGUAUGCCAGCGCACAAGCGCAUUCCAGUUCGGAAUUCCGGAAGUUCUGUGGGUGCUGUUAAUGAGGAUGACUUCCGUAAAGCAUUCACGCAAGUUCCGAAGUGUGAUAUUUAUUCUGCUAGGGAACUGCAAUCACAGCUGGAGUCAAUUCGUCAAGUUCUCGAGAAUUCUCAGCUCGACUGGUCUCAGCGAGUUAAUUCUUUAAAAUUGCUACGAUCAAUUCUAAUAAAUGGAGGAAUGGAUUUUGAAAAUGAAUUAGUGAAUGGUAUUCACUCACUUGAAGACGCUCUUAUAACUUCGGUCAAGGAUCUGCGGUCACAAGUCUGUCGCGAGGCAUGCAUAACAGUAAGCUUUCUUUGCGAGAAACUGGAGGUAUCCAUAGUACGAUUAUGUGAAGCUCUUUUACCCGCAACUAUUGCUCUCAUCCAGAAUAGCGCUAAGGUUAUGUCAACAUCAGGUGUCAAUGCGUGCUAUUUUAUUGUUAAGCACGUAGAGCAUCCCAAGCUUAUCCCAAUUGUCCUAUCGCACAGUUCGUCAAAGUCGAAAGAGAUCAGGAAAAUUAUUCAAGACCUUGUGAACCAAAUGCUUGCGAUAUGGACUCCCAGUAAACUCGAAAAAUCGCUUAGCGGAAUCAUUGAUUGCAUAAAGGCGGGUAUUUGUGACGCUGAUCCACUAGCUCGCGCUUCUGCUAGAAAUAGUUACCAACAAUUGGAUCAACACUUCCCACAUCAAGCGCAGCUUCUUUUCCAGAGCUUGGAUCCUGCUAAGCAGCGUUCAUUAUCCGGCGCCGUGUCAGCAGCUUCAUCAUCGCAGUCGAUCAACAGCGAACGUGAUUCACUUCAUAUGUCGCAUCGACCAGGAGCGUUCGGGUUGAAUAGGCACAAAACUACGAACUUUUUUGCUGGUCGUUCGGCCUCUGAAAUAGACGCAAACGCUGUGCGUCGUGCAGCAUCUUAUACUCCUGCAAAAAGCAAGCUUACUGGGUCAGUAGCAGUGCGAAAUACACCAGCGCGACCAUCUGUUGUGCGGUCCGGAAUUCCCCCUUCGCGACAAACGCCAUUGAAAACAAAUAACUCGGUGAAUCCUCCUGGAAGUGUUUCUCAGCCCGGAUCCAGAAGCACAUCACCAUCCCGAGCGAGCGCUAGUCGUCGCCCAGCUCCUGUAAGUUCAACACCUUCGGUCAUGUCCUCAAGCCGAAUUGGCAUUAGCAGACCUCGCCAAAUAGGAACAAGAGAAGCGAGCCCGAGGAGGUUUAGUGGAGGCACCUUAAAUCGUGGUGCAAGCGCAAAUGGCAAUGGUACCGGUGCGGAUACUCGUCAGCUAUGCAAUGCUAUUCGAAACUUUUCUUUGACUGCUGACGAAGAUGACUUUUCAACGGGCGUUUUAAGGUACGACCAAGCUGGUCUCACAGAUGCUUUAACUGCCUGCACAUCAUCGAAUUUGAAUGAGAGAAAGGAAGGACUGCGGUCUUUGUUGGAGAUUCUCAAGUCGCGCCGGAACAUCCCUCCUCCUGAAAUAAAAAAGAUAUGCGAUGUCCUCAACAAGCUACUCACAGAGGGAAAUCAUAAGCUAUUAUCCAUGGUAAUGGAUAUAUUGAACGUUUUUGUGUCUUCAUACCACGAUAGCCUAGGCGAUUGGUUACAGUUCCUUUUGUUGAGGCUUCUUCAUAAGAGUGGAGUUGAAAUACUACCCACUGUUGUGCAGCCCCUCAAUAUGGCUUUGAAAGCUGUUCGUACUACAUUUCGACCGGAGCUUCAGCUGAUAGCCAUUUGCAAAAACAUCCAGGAUCCAAUUCAAACGCCUCCUGUAAAAACAAAGGCUGCUACCCUGAACUAUUUGCACGAAUUGUUGCAAGGAAUGGAACAGGGUUCUAGUCUAAGCAGAGACGAAAUACGAGGAGCAGUUCAAAAAAUCUUCCAAUGGAUGGAAGAUCCAAAAAAUGUUUCUAUAAAAGUGGCUUGCGAACGUGUUAUCUACGACUUCUUUUCCCUUAACACGGCUGAUUUUUCAACCAUACUGUCCACGUAUCCGCCACAAUGGAGAGAAUUCGCGUAUAGUCUCCUUAAGAAGAAUAAGCCCAGUGAAUCCACGGUGCCAAGAUCGCCAGCGGCAGCGCCUCCUGUUCACGAAGCAAUUUCUGACAUGUCUGCCCAAAUUACUGAUUAUGUGGACAGCCGAGGCGUCAUGGGUCCGCUUACGACCUCCGCCAAUCUUUCUGGUUCGCCGGCUAACAUGUCUCUCCUACUGAACGGAAGUUCCUCUAGAACUUCUGCGAAUGCUGCUGACGCGGACGUAAGCUUAGGAAGCAUCGGUGAAGCUUAUAAAGCAUUAUGUGCAUUCAGUAAAGAAAAUGCCCGAAAGAUUGAAUCCACUAUGUAUCUAAAAGAUGACUUGCAACUGCAGAACGAGUAUAUUGCGAAACUAUUGAAUGAACUUUCUUCAUUGGAUCCAUUCAGGCGAAAUGAACAAAAUCGGGCGUUGCAGACAUUGCAGCAAAUGGUUAGCGAAGGUUCGCUGACAACAUGGGAAGAGAACUUCAAGUCGCUCAUAUUGCACAUCUUCAACGUGUUGGCAGUAAACGAUGUCACUUUGAAACGAAAUGCUCUGAAACUCCUCACAAAAAUUUGCGUAGCGCAGGCGGUGAGCUUCUACGAUUUAGCUGAAAUGACGCUGUUCAAAGUGCUGGAUUCAAUCGCGGAAGAGGAGAAUCCUCAAGUCAUGAAUGUUGCCGACGAAUGUUUGAAAACUCUGGCUACUCACUUUCCAUUGCAUGUUGUUAUUCGCGCAACGAAACCAAUAAUUGCUCAAGAGAAUGACCCUCGAGUUGGUCCUGCACUUAAAAUGCUGACCCGGCUCAUUGAAUCCCUAGAUGCCGAUGAAUUGACGGCUAGACUACCAGAAAUCGCUCCUGGCGUUGUGAACUGCUAUUCUAAUCCACAAUCCAGUGUUCGCAAGUCAACUGUAUUCUGCUUAGUGGCUAUGGUGAACAAACUGGGUAGAGGGCCAGUUAAUCCUUAUUUAGCAUCUUUAUCGAACAGCAAGAUCCAUCUGUUAGAAGUAUAUAUUCAGCGAACGCAGACGUCAUCUACACACUUCUAA